AUGAAACUCCCUUUGUUGCGUACUGGAGCAGCCUUGAAGAUCGCUCAAGCUGACGGAGUGAUUGGUGGAAAGAUCUGGCCAGCCGCAUCGGCUUUGUGUGACUUUAUUGCCCACCAUCUGCCACCGCAACAUGCUAUGAAGUGUGUGGAAUUGGGAUCGGGGACGGGUGCGGUAGGGAUCUAUGCCGCCGCCACUCUGGGAUGCUCCAUGACACUGACCGAACACCGGCCACCUCGACUCUCCGUGAUACCUUCUGUCCCCUAUGCGGUGGAUGGGACACCCGAGUUUGACGCGGAAGAAUAUCAAGACGACAAGAGUGACCGACUGCUGAAUCUCUUGCAGUGGAAUGUGGAUCAGAAUGCGCACUUGUUUGAUGGGGACAACAACAAGACUAUGCAUAUACUACCCCGCGUCGCCGAACUAGACUGGAACGAAACCAGUCAUGCCCAACAGUUACUAUUGGCGGAUUCUGCUGUUGGUUUUGACUUGAUACUGGGCAGUGAUGUUACCUAUGUUUCGCAGCUGCAUCAACCGCUGGCAGAUACCAUUGCCUCGUUGUUACGUGCAUCACCAUCAUCAUCAUCAGAGCCAACCAGAAUAAAACCGAAAUGCUUCAUUUCUCACCAACAAAGGGUACUCAAUCUUCGGGGACACGAUUUUCAGCUUGUGGAAUUUGAACGAGCUUUGCUCCAAGCAGGUUUGUCGACUGUCAAUAUACUACCAUUUCCUGUUACGGAGGGUUCGACCACGCACAAAGUGUCCAUCCUAGAAAUACAACACGGCAAUGCCAAUGGAGGGAAUCAGAUUGUUUUGCAAUAA